AUGAAUCGUUCUCUUAUCAAUACUUUAAGACGAACAAACCUUCAUAGAAAUAAUUUAAUAAUAUUCUCAAGAACUUCUUUUAUUUAUUCGAGAUAUUUUUCUACAACAAAAAAUCCUAAAACAAACGAAAUAACUACUACAACCAAAAAAUAUGAACAAGCUUCAAAUCGCGAGGUUACUUGGUCAAAAAAUCAAAGAACAAGGAAAGAUGCUAUGAUAGGACCUCGUUUUGAACAACUUGAUCUUGAAGCACAGCCGAGGCCUUUGGCUGCAAUUGAAUUAAUUGCUGAAGAGCCAAUUCAUUAUGUAGAAGGAAGGAUUGCAGUUUGUCAUGGAGGUGGAGGUGCUUUAGGCCAUCCACAAGUUUAUAUAAACUUGGAUCAACCAGGAGCUCAUUCUUGCGGAUACUGUGGAAUAAGAUUUGAACGAAAACAUCAUCAUUAA